GUUUUGACCUGUAUGUAACCUAUUUGCAUAAUAAAAGAACCAGUCUAUAAUUUGUGAAAGCUGAAACUAUUGAAAACAAAUAAAAGAAACCAUAGGAAACAAUAGACUUAUCGUGUAUUCUUAUUUAUAUGAUAAUCAUGCCUGCCCUGCUGGAGCGUCCCAAGAUGACCAAGCUCAUGUACCAGGCUUUGAAGAAGCAUAUCAUGCAGGAAAGAGAACGCAAAAAGCAAGCUGAACAAGAGCAAGAUGCCAUGCUGGAGCAGCAGAAGAAAGAAAAGGAGAUGAAGAAGAAGAAGAAAGAGGACUCCCAUCUCACGCUGGAACAGACCAAGGAGCAGAUCACACAGUUGGAAAAGAAACUGGAGCUUCUGAGGCAAGAGAAGCACGCGUGUUUCUCACAACUCAAAAAAGUUUUGCACCAGGAGGAUGAAACUAGGAAAAAAGCGCAACAAAAAGAUGAGUUGAGUCAGCCGCCCACGAUAUACCAGCACACAGGUAUGCCUCCUGUAUCAGCUCAUUCAGUGCUCCACCCGCUGGGUAGACCUCAAAUGUACAGGCCUGCACAGAGCAUUAUAGCUCAACCAGUGGCCAGUGUACCUUUGAAGCGCCCACGGAGCCCGUCCCCCACUCCCAAUUCGGGCUACCAGCAGUACGAGAACAAGAAGGCAGCCACACCCGCACACUAUGUGCACUCAAAUGCACAGGAGUUUAAGCCAGUCAACUACCCCUCCCAACCGAGCCAGGUGACGUAUGUGAGCCAGCCUGUGCACUCGUUCCAGUCCACGGUGGCCUACACGACCUCCAAGUCCCCGGGCUCCAAGUAUCAGGUGGCCAGCCAGUCUGCCUUCGCAGCAUAUUCCAGUAGUCCUUAUGGGCAGCAUCAGCAUCAGUCACCGUACACCAUCGGUAGAAUGCCGCAGCAGGGAUUUCUGCCUGCCUCAAGCAUCUCUCUGCAGCAACAAUUACAGCAGGCCAACGAGAAGUCAGGUUUUAAUGAAGGGGACAAGUAUAAGCAGAUGCAACAGACCCAGAUUCGUGCUGUGGCCCCGGGUAUCCAAGGGCAACAGGGUGCCAUGAUACCCAUAUCUCUACAGCAGGAAAUGCCUGGACGGGGCAGCAUAGUGACAGGGUUUUCUGGGCGUAGUCAAGCCCCGCCCACCAGUACAUUUCAGCCUAGCAGUACACAGGUAUCAUAUUCAGGCCAGCAGCCAGGGCCUCGACCUAGUUACCAGAGUUCUCAAGGCCGUUACUUUUGAGGUGAAGGUCACCUCAUAACACAAUGUCUAAGGAGGGCAAUGUUCAGGCUUUUCUGCAAAUAGUUGUCUUUCCAUGUUUGGCAGAGAGAUGUAGAGAAGUAAAGCACUAUGGCUAGCAGGAUUGCUUGCUGGAUUUUAUUCAAAGCUAUUGUUGCGUGAGAACAGUCAAUGUCAUGGGUUUACUAGGCGAUACAGUGUUGUGUAGUCAAUAUAUUUGAUAUUGCACUUAAAUUACAGUGCAGAAAAUGAUACUACAAUAAAUAUUGUAUUGAUGUAAAGUCUUGAACAUCCAGAGGCUUUUCAAUAUUAUUAUGAAAGUAACAAUAUGUAAUUCAUGCAUAUAUCGUUGACAUAAUUUAUACAAAUUAGGUAUUAAAAUGAAUUAUUUGCUUGAAAUAUUAUUGUUAUUUGAUAUGUGCAAUCUGUUCCUAUAUAAAGCAAUAGUGUUGUCAGUGUUUGAUGGUGUAUUUUGUUUAGUUGUUCACAUAAUAAGUGCUAUUGCAGUGUCAGAGUAUCUUCUUAACCUCCCCAGACACUGGUUUUAAGUGUUUGAUAAUUAUGUAGUUUUCCCACCAUUGAAAUAUUCAUCUAUAUAUGAGAUACGUUUGGGAAAACUGGGCUUAAUGGUGUUGUGUCAUCCCAGAUUAGCCUGUGCAAUACACACAGGCUAAUCAGGGACAACCCUCCGCUUUUAUGGAAUUCUGUACUUGCAUGCAUUAAGCACCAUUUUUCCAUAAUGAGGCUCAUAUAAGAGUUUGGGACUUCUAUCUAGGAUCGCUUUGGCAUUUGUCAAAUAAGCCAAUCCUUUUGAACCUCAAAAUAUUGCUGUAAUUUUACAUUUGGCUAUGUUUUCGUCAUAAUACUUAGUUAAGUACCCAAAAUGUAAAUGAUUUGAAAAAAGUAUGCUAUGGUAACAGUUGAAUAUUAUGCUUACAAAACAUAGUAUGCUUAGAAAUCUAAGAAAUGUUUUUUAGUAUAAUGUGACUUUAUUUCCAAAAUAUCAAGGUAACUGUUGUCUUAAGCAGCUUCAUCUGUUUAUGGACUUACUGCAAUUAUUUUUAUGCCUUUAUGGAGUAGGAGGCAUUAAGCAUUGCCCUUGUCUGUCCAUCCUUCCAAUGUAAUCUUGUAGCUUGUGUUGUGACCUCCUCUUUAAUUGACCUCGCUAACUUUCACAGUUAAAUAACAUAAAUAUGAAGAUGACCGUGAAGAAAGUAUUUUAAGUUGUGACGCAUUUUGGCAGCAUUAUGGUCCUUGUUCUGUUUUUCCAACAUCGAUUAUUUAGUUACUCGAAGCUUGUGUUUUCAACUUGUCUUAAAUCACUGGUUGGAUCUCCCUUAAACUCCCUUUUAUUAUCCCCCAACAUAGGCGGAGGGAUAUUGUUUUGGCGUUGUCCGUCCAUCUGUCCGUCUUUUCGUCCAUCCGGCACUUUUGUGUCCGGAGCCGUAUCUUGGAAGUGCUUUGACGGAUUUCAUUGAAACUUGGUACGAGUAUAUAUUUAUAUAUGGAUAAGAGGAUGAUGCACAUUGGCCUUUUCCAUCCGUCCAGAAUACUUUUGUGUCCAGAAGUAUAAUGGCGGGGGAUAUCAAUCCAACGAAUUUGCUUGUUACUGGAUGGAUUUGCUCUAACCUUCACGGCUGAAUGACCUCUAUGUUUACAUGAUUUAAAAAAAAAGGAACUAAGGAUGCAACCUCUUUUUAGGCUUAACUUUUCUUUAGCAAAUAAGAGGAUUUUGCUCAACAAUUCUAAGUUGAAUGGUUUUAAUGUCUACUUGAUUGUAAAGAAGGAAAUUGGCUUUUGUUGAGUUAUGGCACUUUGUCUGUUUUUGCAGUACAGAAUAUAUACAGUACCAAAAUUUUGUGUUCAACUUCUCUAACUGCAUUAAUGUGAAAAUGAUCAUAAUGGAUGGAAUCUUUAUUAAGACCAGUUUUGGCCAUUUUUAUUUUUGGCCCUUGUAAAAUAUAUAGAGGACUUGUCUGUCAAAACAUUUUUGUGGGGUAUUCAGAAUCUGUGACCAAUUUCUAGAUCUCAUGUAACAGGUUUAGCAAAUGAAAUAAAUUAAAAGAAAAAUGUUA